AUGGUGUUGGCUAAAACUCCUAUCAAUAGUGGCUCCAUACAGUUGUAUGGAUACAUGGCGGCGCCGGAUUAUGUGGAUGGACGGCUUAAUUAUGUUUUCAAUCAUAGCAGGGAUAAUCCUGCCAUCGUACAGCAGGCUUCCUUGAUCGAGAUGACUGGCCCCAAGAGAGGCAUUGUAAUGCUCUCAGAUGUUCUAAUGGAAUUCGACAUGAGGAUCAAGACAGGAGCAAAAGAGGAAGAUGACCUCCAGCUGAUUGAUGGACUGACAUGCUUAGACAAACGCAUGUCGAGCAGACCAUUCACACUUCGCUUCAAUGGCACUUCUGGCGGCGCAGUUGACAUGUGCUUAGCACUUAUACUUGAAGGAAUGGAGGUCGCAGUAGUAGUGGCCAUAUCAGAAGUUCAGAGUGCUUUUCAUUUAUCGCUCAGUUCCUUUGUUUCCGUUACAGAGAAGAAAGGGGAAUGUCAAGAAAUUCAACUUUUUCAUGACGCGGUCAGUGAUUUAUGCACAAAAAGGUUCGUGGUUGCCGUCCCAAUGGAUACUAUGAUGCACUUGAAGUUUAAGGUUGGUAAAAAGGGACCUGGCGGUGAUAGCCGCUACCUUUGCUCCUUCGAUGUUAAUCGGCACGAAUGUGUCGAUCAGCAAAUUAAGAUUGAGGCUGCUUGCAUAUCGGUGAAGAUGACAGUGUUGCCUCCCCUGAUUUGAGUUUGAUGGUCGUCCGGUGGUUUUGUUGUUUGAUCAUGCAUUAGAUGGGUGCAUUA